AUGAAGACGGCGGCCUACGUGGUGCGUGUGCCGCACGCACAGCACCGCGCGUUUGCGGUGCAGUGCACCGUGCUCGAUCACUCGCUCAUGGUGUGGGCAGGCGCAGCGCCGCGCUCGCUGGGCGACGAGGACGACGAGGAAGUGCGCGCGGCGAUGCAGGCCGCGGGACGCGACGAGUCGACGCACGUCCCUGCACGCCUCGCGGACGACUGGGGCGUCGCGAUGAACCGCGGGGGGAGCGGUAACGUGAGGGCCACGACCGGCACAGCACUAUACAGGGCCAAUACAUCGGUCGCCAUGGCACAGCGGAUCGCCGCCAAGCUCGGUAUUCCGCAAGUCUUUCUCUCGCUGGAUUUGCCCGACGCACUGCUCGCGUCGGGCGCCGUGCAGAUGGCCCCGGAAGACGCACGCGCACUGCAGGCACUCGAAGUGGGCUUGCGCCGCGUCUGUGAAAUGGCCCUCCGUGGCGAGAAGUAA